GAAUUCCCGAGAUAAUGCAAUUUAAGCCAGAUGUAAAGGAACAACUGAACGCGUCAUAUUUUGAAUUCGCAAAAAGCGUGAAAUCGCGUUGAAAAGAGUCAUCAGUUAGCACAAACACCACAUCUACACUGCAACACAAGUUGCUAGGAUGAAUACAGGCCCUUCCUUAAAACCGAAUACUGAGGACUGAAAACAAAAGCCGCUAAUUGUAAACAGUGAAGGUCAUCGUCGCUGCGUUGACAAAUGAGUCCGCUUUGUUACCUUUUUGUAGUAUCUGCUUCUGUACUCCUUACUUUAGGAGAUGCAGAGAUGUUUGGGGCACCCAGAAAACUGCAACCGAACGAGGCGACCAUAGAAAAAUUUAAUCAUGAGUUGGUCAAGGUAGCCCAUAAAUUCAACUCCGAGCAUGGAAACAACAGUCUUCAUAUCAUAACUAAGUUGGUAAACGUGACGUCCCAGGUCGUUCAGGGGAUUUUAUAUACAUUUUACGUUAAGUUUUCCCCUACAUCGUGCACAACUUUUGCCAAUGACAACACUCAUGUUUUGGGCGACAUUUUUCUUAAUCAGAAUUCUUGUGACGUAACUGGUGGAGAGAGUAAGAUUUGCAAGGUCACUGUAUGGCAAAGACCAUGGCUCCGAUCUGAUGCUUCUGAGAUAAUUAAAAUAGUUAAUUGUUCUACGGAUACGAUUUGAUCUGCUCUCGUUCUAUGCUAUGCCAUAAAUUCAUGUAAUGGUGGGGAUUUAGAUUUUAACAUUUGAUUAUUCGUAUAUAGCAAAGUUUGCUUCAUUCGCCAUGCGUGUAUUUGAUUCAUUAGUUAAUUAGAUUUGAAUUUCACGGAAAUAACCUGACUUCAUACUCUUCAUUUCUGGCGAUUCAUUAUUGAACCUAAUAGUCGCAUUUGAUUUUGUUUGCAGUGAUAUAUUCUAGUAAAGUAAAUAUGAUUUCAUGAGGCUAAUAUUUUUCCGGCAGUUUACUUCUAAUUUCAUAUUUGGGGACUACUGACAAACAAUCAUCAUCUCUGGCAUUUAAAAACUAUUCUUAUUAGUUUCUUUUAGCUGCUCUUAUAACUUAUUCAUACAUGGGAUUUCAUUUUAAUUUCGGUGUUAUAAUUGUUUUACGUGUUUUAAACCGUGAAAACUUGUUAAUACUGAAUGAUAAACUUAAAACUAGAUUUUGCCGUGCUUCAUUUGUGUUCGGUUAAUAAAGGUUUUCUCAUAUUCAAAUGUUGUAAGUUGGUUUUAAUUUUGUUUGUCUUUUUAGUUCGGUGUGUAAUCAGAGCUUAUAUUUUAUUUUCAACAAAAAUAAUAGGCGUAGGAAAUCUACGUCAUAAUCUUAAGAGACAUGUAUAUUCACUAAAUCUACUUUUACAUUCACCCUCAAAUUCAAAACUUACACAACUUUGUGUUCUUUUGAUCUUCCUGAUGUAUUGUGCAGGUUAUAUAAACGAGAUGAAAAAUGACUCAUCCCGUCUUAUACUGCUUGUCACUACUAUUCCAUAUGUUUUAAUCACUCCUUUUAGAUUCAUUUCUACUGAACAUCAUUUUCGAAAAUAUUAGCCUAUAAAGACCAGAUGAUUUAACUGUCGUUCAUGAUGUGGUCGUUUCAGCGUCAAACAAUCUGGAACCACUUACAAUUUGAAUUGAAAGACAUAAAGCCCAUAACUGAAGUUAUGAAUCUAGAUCAAGUGAAUUAACUGACUAGUGUCUAAUACUAGCAAAGUUACUGUUCAUCGUGAUGUAUGAUGUUUACCGAAGUAGGAUUAUAUUCGGGAAAGCCGAAUAUGACGGCGCAAAUACUUCGCAUUAUUCCGAGUCUUCAGGAAAGUAAAGUUAGUAUUAAAAGAUUACAGAUGGAAUGCUUAGAACCGACCGUAGUAGGUUGAAUGCAUUAAUUAAUCAAAUUGUAUUGAAUUUCUCGUUACUUGUCAUUUACCUUUAACUUGUUGCUUCUAUGCUACUAAACUUGUUCUGUAGUAAACUAUAAUAGGUUGAAGAGAUGUGCUCUAAUAUUUGGCUUAGUUUUCAUGUUUUCACACUUGAACUGUCCUGUGCAGUUAGAUGUGAGAAUAAUAAGGAUUUGGAAAAAAUUGUAAAGUGCAUGGCUCAGUCCGAAAGGCAAGCUUUUGAAAUCUAAGAGUUGGUUCGUUAAGGUUGUGUUUUUUUUACUAAGAUUGCUGAGAUCUGUCGAAACCCACUGGAAGUGGGAUUUAUACCAAUUUUUAUUUCUUUGUAUUCGUAAUUGGUAUUCUUAAACAUGACAAGUAAGUUUUGGCCUCAUUAUUACCUCUUAUUCAGGUUAUUUCAAAUUAGGGUCAUGUUUAGUGGGCUAAAGUUUAAACUACAUACUUGCACUUAGAAAGGGCUAUAUAACUCAGGCAUCCUCAAGUAAGACAAGAUAGUAAAGUGAAAUAUUAACUCUUUUGAAUUAUUUAUCUGUUAAUAUACUCACCUAUUGUCGUAAAGUUAUUAAGUCUCAAUAUAUUUUGCGCUAUGAGGUUACGUUCUACUAUUCAAAGUACUUAGUAUAAUUUAAUAUAUAGUAGGAUAAAUCUGAGUACGGUUGGAACCAAACAGCUAAAGUUCUUUUACUUUAUACGUAUAACGUAUGGGAAGUUCGAAUUUCAAGAGAUACACUUUUUAGUAUCCAGAAUAGCCAAUAUCAAAGAUAGAAAUAAUGAACUGGGAAUUACCUUAUGAGAAUUUGAUGGGGUUUUAGGGUCUUUGGAGAUGCAUAUUUACUCCGUAGAAAGUAUGAUCUACGUUAUCAUACAGUGAAAUAGGUUUGAUUUCAAGUACUUAAUACAAAACUGCUCACUAGUUGCUUUCCAAAAAGACUGAUAACAGAUGCCCUAUCUUUAAACCCUUCACGAUCAACCCACACAAAUUUGUUACAGUUCUUACAUAAAGAUAACCUGAAUGGAAACUUGAGUGAGAAAAGAUGUGGACAAAGCUCCAAAGGUUUAGUUGUUGAUUAAAUCUACGAAAGAUAAAACCAAUCGAAUAUUUUAAAUGAAAACUUUUUAUCGCUAAAAGGAGUCAGAGAAGAUAAUAAAUUUGCAAAAUAUACGAAAAUACGGAUUGUCGAAAAAAUCUGAAACCAAAUAAAAAUAGUUACAUAGGUAGUAGUGUGCAAAUGUUGUAUAUCUCAGUGUCCAACAUAUCCAAAAGUUUCUAUACACGAAAUAUUACGUCCAAAAUUAGUAUUAUGAGUAAAUGUCUUGAAAAUACAUCUAUCAGACAAAUGUUUAAGGCACCGCCUUCUAAUAUAACAGGUUCGUCAUAAGCCUAGUAAGUGGGCAGCAAUACUAGAGAACACAGAGCGAACAGAAUCACGUGUAUUUUAUAAACCACAGUCAGUGAACAAUGUAUAUUUACACCAGUAAGUUGACAUUGUGAUCUAGACACUGUUGUAUCAUCAGUAAUUGACAAUCAACAACUUAAAUGAAACUAUGAGAAAUAUAAAUAGUAGGAAACAUAGUUCCAGUCUUAUUAUACCAUCUCUACAUAGUAAGGGAACUGUGUCCAAAAGUUAUUCUGAAGUAAUACUGAUGCGAGGUAUUUAGAAUCCUUCAUAAAAUAUUUGAUUGACAGGUGAUUUAAUUUUUCUUCCUGCUAUAUUUUACAUUUUUAUUUCAUGCCAGCUGGAAUUCGUUUUUCCUUAUUUUAUCACGUAGUUUCUAUUUCUGUUUAUAAUUUAAUAUGUCACUUUGUGUUAAUCUGUCAGUGUGGCCAAAAAUUCUACAAAAUUUAGAAAAAAUGUAAAAAACCUAUUCUCUAAAGUAACUUUUUAAAGUUUACGAGUUCGAUCAACGCUAAGGGACUAAAUAAGUGACAUUGGUUACUACUCAAUUAUCAGUCAUUUGUAAAAAUCCCAGUCCGACUGUAGGUUAGUCAGAAACUGGAUGGCGUUUGGUGAUGUUUUGAACUGUGAAGCUGGGUUGCGAGGGAUCGGAUCCUACGGGGGAGCUUUACUUCCUUCAAGACUGUAGAUACAUGCUACUGAAGAGCUCGAUAUAACACGUGACCUAGGUCAACUAGGUUUUUCUGCCAAAUACCAUCCAACUACCCAAAAAAUUAUGAGAUGUCGAACAUUUACGUUUCUACUCUUUGGGAUAUUACAAUUAUUUCUUGAGUUCUAAAAACCAGUUUAUCACUAUAUAUAUAUGGGAAACACCUUAAUAUUAUCAUUAUGACGCAAGUAUUUUUAAGCAUGGUCAGAUAGAGGCUAUCAGUGGAAUCGAGUCGUUUCGUCUUGUUUGAGACUCAUCAGUUGGAAACACCUGAAUGCUAAAGUUGGCGAUCACGCUGGGAUUCUUGAACGUUUUAUAUCAUUUGAUACUUAUGUUAAAAUUUACUGUCUGAUGACACAUAAGGUCUUCAUUAGUGUGGUGCUAAAUUGCACUCGGGUAGGUCAGAUAGACGUGCCCAUUCAUUGUAUUUCUGAGUAUUAAGUAAUCACCACGUUUAAAACAUGCAUUUGUAUUUCCUGAUAAGGAUAAUGCUUAUGCUUGGAAACUAUGUUAUUAAUUGUACUUUUGGAUUGUUAGUAAUGUUGGUACAACUAAGUAGAAGUGUUACAAGUUUUAACACUUCCAUCAGGUAUAUUUUACGAUAAGGUGUUUGAAAAAGUAUUGAUAAAUGGUAUCAAUAAAAUAUCUAUAUGGACGAAUAUAUUUUGUUUUUUUUAGAAGCGUAUUUAUAUUUAAUGGAAACUUGACUGAUAUGAUAGCUUUUAACUAAUCACAAAGUGAACAAUCUGUAAAAAUACUGCAAUAUUAUAUUGUUUUAUUGUGUGGUCCGCUGUACGAUGAUUUCAAGUUGAAUACAAAUUAAUCCUCGAAAUAAAUAAUUAACAAUCGAUAAAGAUCAACAGAAAUUUUCGGUAAAAGAAACGUAAGUCAUACAUCCGUUUUUAGCACGGAUCAAGUAGAUUGGUUUUAUACGUGCUCCAAAAUUCACUUUCAUUUCAACACACUGACAUCAGUAUUCUCGAUUAUAGACCUGCUGUGUCAAAUACCGUAAGUGGUCUAAAAUUACUCGAAUACGAUUUACGAAUAAGUGAGAUCAUUUCGUAAUUCUACACUUUAUUAACCGAUGAUUGAACUGUGACAAUCAUGGUAUUGAUAUAAUUGUCACUUGGAUUGAUUUCGCUUGUUAUUCUUUCUUUUAACACUUUCUAAUGUAUAACAUAUAUUUGCUUUAUGAUAAAACAUUAGAAGUCCUGUUUUUUUCCUUUUUAAAUAUCAUCCUUAAACCAAUUUUCUAAAUUUGUUUAAUUCACAUUUCAAAACUUUGAGAACUUUAGCAGUAAAGCGGUGAAUUAGGCUUACCGCACAUUUGACUGUUCAUGUUUUCCUGAAUGUCAAAUUUUCACUCAAACUUUUGAUCAGAAAACCUUAUUACAGCAUCUUAUUUCAAAUUGAAUUAUUCUGCUUUAUAGUUACCACUCAAUUAAAAUUGCAUGAGUUUUACCUUUUAUCAUUUGUUUGUAAUUAACUCGAAUUGAAAAAAAGAUGAAUUUUUAUGUAUGAUUUCUCAGCUUAUACUUACUGCUUUCUCUUUUCUGUUGCCUUCUAGAAAUCGUAUAUAUUUCUCUUAAUUAACAUCGAAUAUUUUAGUUAUCGCAAACACAGUUCAUAAAUGGUCAGUAAGUAACAAGACAUUUUCUAUAUACAUUCUAGUAAAACAUUUACACAACAUCCGAUUAUCAGUCAAUCUCUUAAAUAUUCAACCUGAAUAACUAAUCUGACUAUUUUUCCUUGACGUCAAACAGUUGUUGAUAAGUAUGUUUAUAAAAUAUAUGAAGUUUGGAUUCAUACGUCCUAACCACUGAUAAAACGUGAUCGUUUAUUUUAAAUAAGGUGACCAUUGAAUUGUUUGUUUAUUAUUACUGUCGUUCAUAAACUUUAUUAUCACUAAAUAUCACACUAUAUUUUUAAGGUUACUUGUGUCACAUAUAAUCCACUUUAUUUUGGUAAAAAAACUCAUUGAAUAAUGUGAUCAUAUAGAAAUGAUCAGAUUUUAAUAAUUAUAUCAUAAAGGAAGCUGUUUAUUUUAAUAAUAAAACUGUCUAAUAUGGAAUCAUCUCUAAAAUUAAUGAAUAGUUAGCGUUGAAUGUGAAUCGAUUGAAAUUAGCCAUUAACAUCAUUGGAUACCGGCCUAGUGGUCUAGAGAUUAAGCGUUCAUGCUCGAUGCUAAAGGUCGCAGGACCGAGUUUCACGUGCGGAAUUGUGUAUGCGCACCGCUGAAGAGUCCCAUACUAGGACGGAACGGCUACUAAAUAUUCUCACUGGUGGUGUAGCUUGGAUUGACUCAUGAAUUCAACAUUGAAAAUGAAUGACACAAAUGUCGGAAAGUCAAUUAAAAAAAGCAUCAUAAUCUCCUUUCACUUCAAUGCAUGUGAUUAGCUUGAUAUUUCCAGUGAUCUUUAGAGUGAGGGAUGAAAAGCCUUAUCAUGUAUAUUACUGUAUAUUACUUUUGCGAACCGAAGCAAUGCAAUUUGACUGAUAGUAUCAUCCAACAUUAUGUUUAUCCUAAGAGAUCCUGUUUGGUUAUCAAUCCUGAGCAGUUGUUAAGAGUUAAUUAAGUGGAUACUAAGAUAAGUGCUUAGUAGCAUGAAGCAUAGGUUCAGGGAUUUGUGUCAACCAUUUCCAACCAAUUGAAUGAAAACGAUGUGCAUAUUGCUGAGUCACUUUGAGCAAUAACCAUACAGAGACUUGGUCGACAGAGUCAAAUUAGAACCAGAUAAACAUAACACUAGUUAGUGCUGAAUGAUCGAUUAGUGCACUUAAUUCACUGGAUUGAUAUGUAAAAGUUGAUGUAUCCUUUGCUCUCGCUGCAUAUGGUUGUUUUGAAUCGUAUUUAUAACAUCAACGGGCUGCAAAAGAACAACCUGUUAAAUUCUCGCUUGCUAAUCGCUUGACAGAAAUCAAGUGCAAUACAUAGAGAUCCUGAAAUUUAUGACUGGGUAUCGUCUGCAAAAGUUAUUGUUCAGGUCCUUCCCUUUACUAUGAGCUUAAUUUAUCUUCAAUUGUUGAUUUGUUGUUUUUCUUUUCAUAAAUAAGUCCGUCAGCGAAAUGACAGUAUAUUACUUUGUUUUAUUAGUAUUAUUAUUUCAGAAGUUGUUUUCUAUCCAGGCUUUUUCUACUAGUACUCAAACAUCUCAUUCAUUUCAACUUAAUGAAUGGUCACGAAUGCCCUGAUACGGUCGAGGGUAGGGAGAGUUCUUUCUCCUUCUCGAAAUACCCUCACAUGGUCACGGGUAUACAGCCCCUUUCAAGGAAUUUCUACUCACUACUUCCUCGCAGCAUUCCUGUUGUUCACGAAAUUGAGAGGACGAAAAGCGAAUGUCAGGCGCAAUGACAAGGUUAGUGGAUAUGAAGGAUCGACCUAGAGGGAGUUGGAAAACCCUGAUUCAAAACCAUUGGUGCACAUGGUCUCUAGGAUCCUGAGGGAGCAAUUGGCGUAUGAACCAAUCGUUAGUCACCGGCUACUAUGUGACAGCAUCUUCUAACGUUGCUCCACUGCCUUGUGGAUUAGACCCGUAGGUCAAAGGCUCGGGGUGUGGUCCUCUGAAAAAACCGCCUGUUUAAUUUUAGGCGUCUGGAAAGUGUUCCAGUCCUCACACAAAUAGAAUGGUGAAGUGUGGCGCACUUAUAUUUGGUGCUUUCAUGUACCAAUGUUUAUAUAUUUCAAAAAUCAAUAAAUAAAUACAUAGUGACUACGUUCACUUACAUAUAUAUGUAUAUACUCAUAUUCUUUUCAAAAAGAUUAUGUACUCAAAUUCCAUAUAUAUCAUUUAUCAAUGUUAAAAGUGAACCUGUUGAAAAGAAUCCCUUUUCUAAAUAAAUUACUUUAUAACUUAAUCAGUAUGUUCAGAAAAUUAAAGUAUUUGAUAUUGAAAUGAACUUUUAUCUAAGCAGUCGAAAGGUAACUAAUGAUCUAGGUUUCGUGCUACUUUUCAUUUUUCACUAAGGUAUAAAUCCAAUUCACAUGGAACUAGUGCAUU